CGUCAGUACAACCCCGCAAGACUACAACACGGCUGGGAGUGGGAGGGAGCACUUGGGAAGCAAAACAUGGCGAAAUAAGAAGUUUGCCUGUUGGCCGCAGUUUGAAAUUGCACCGUAUCUGUGGUGUGGGACUACAACUACAAGUUCAUAAUAUUUGGACGCCGGAGAACGAAAGCAACGUUUAACGUGAAAGAGUCGAGGGCCCCAGUUUAGAAGUAUUACGGUGGCUGGUUGAAAACAUAGUGCCUGCCUGUCUGCCUGUGUUUUCCCCGGAAGGUUGGUGGUGCUAGGCGCGACUGUCAACACAGAAAAUGGAAGAAGACGGAAAGUUUUUGCUGGAAAAGACUAUUUAGCCUUCCAGUUUAGCUGCGUUAGCUAGCCUGUUAACGUUAUACUGACUGCGCGCACCUGGCUCUGUAUUCGGAUUAACGUGCGCUCUGGUCGAAAUUGAGGAAUAUUAAAGUCGUGUUAACAAGUUUGACAACUGCAGUUGCAUAUAAUCGUAUUUCAAACGAGGUCCUCAUUUUCAUUUCCCAGACUUAGCCUUAAGUAAUAGUCUGGAAGGACCGCUAUUUAAGGCAUAUAAUGACAGGCUGACAGUCGGUUCUGGUGCGGUGCGGACGGACCCGGACGCCAUCACAUCAGACGUUGCGUCCUUAAAAACAACCAUUGCGUUGCUGAACCGUAAAUGUGAUUUUAUACUUUAUCGGCGUAACAAGGAAUGGUUCAGUGGAACAUCUGGCAUUGUUUUCCCGCGACACACAUCAUUUUAUCAUAUAGAACAGUAGCAGGGAUGUUGUACAGCAGCAAAGACGCGGCGUUUUGUCAAAAUGAACGCAGCAAGGUGUUCAACAAAAUUGGAGGUGCAUCGCAUUGAAACCCUGCCAGUUGUUGGAACGGUAACGUUACCACUGACCGGCUAACGGUGACGUUAUCAGGUUGUUUAAAUUUCUUAAUUUAAGUUGGAUGUGUUUUGAUCAGGUAUUGCAGCCGACAUUUCUGUAAACCAACUGCGGAUAGCAUAGCUCUCGGCCAGAGUUGACGUGAGCUAGCCAGCUGGGUGCGUCUGUGGCAGCUCUAUCUGCGAUGUGUUUGGUAAUCUAAGUGCUACAGUUUCAGCAUAUUAGACUGCCGGUUUGCUAUAUUUGUGAAUACAUAAGCCCGUGCAAGCACGUUUUAGCAGCCAUUUACAUUUUCCCAAGCACUUCUUGUCUAAUAACUGGCUAACUUGUUAGCUCACGUUCUAAGUUUGGCCAGCAAUGUCUGAAAACGCCCCCACACGAAGCCUGGAUGACAUAGACCUCGCAGCUCUGAGGGAUCCUGCAGGAAUCUUUGAGCUGGUCGAGGUUGUCGGCAAUGGGACAUAUGGACAGGUGUACAAGGGCCGUCACGUGAAGACGGGCCAGCUGGCUGCCAUCAAGGUGAUGGAUGUUACAGAGGAGGAAGAGGAGGAGAUCAAAGCAGAAAUCAACAUGCUGAAAAAAUACAGCCACCACCGCAACAUAGCCACGUACUACGGUGCCUUUGUCAAGAAGAGUCCACCAGGACAUGAUGACCAACUUUGGCUGGUGAUGGAGUUUUGUGGGGCGGGAUCAGUGACCGACCUGGUGAAAAACACUAAGGGCAGCUCGCUAAAGGAGGAUUGGAUUGCUUACAUUUGCAGAGAGAUCCUAAGGGGCCUUUCUCACCUCCACGCCCAUAAAGUUAUCCACAGAGACAUCAAGGGCCAGAACGUGCUGCUAACCGAGAAUGCAGAGGUCAAACUUGUUGAUUUUGGGGUGAGUGCUCAGUUGGACAGGACCGUUGGACGAAGGAACACCUUCAUCGGCACACCUUACUGGAUGGCUCCUGAGGUUAUUGCCUGUGAUGAGAACCCUGACUCCACCUAUGACUACAGGAGUGAUAUCUGGUCCUUGGGGAUCACAGCCAUAGAGAUGGCAGAGGGAGCUCCUCCCUUGUGUGAUAUGCACCCGAUGAGAGCCCUCUUCCUGAUUCCCAGGAAUCCUCCUCCGAAACUUAAAUCCAAAAAAUGGUCCAAGAAAUUCAUUGACUUUAUAGAGGGCUGUCUCGUGAAGACAUAUCCCAGCCGACCAUCCACAGAGCAGCUUCUCAAGCACUCCUUCAUCAGGGACCAGCCCACCGAGCGCCAGGUCCGAAUUCAGCUCAAAGACCAUAUUGACCGUACGCGCAAGAAGAGGGGAGAGAAAGAAGAGACGGAGUAUGAGUACAGUGGCAGUGAUGAAGAGGAUGAAAAUCGUGGAGAUGACAGAGAGUCAAGUUCAAUCCUCAAUGUGCCCGGUGAGUCCACCCUGAGGCGGGACUUCCAGCGUCUGCAGCAGGAGAACAAAGAGCGCUCGGAGGCUCACAAGCGGCAGCAGGCCCAACUGGCUGCUCAGCGUAGGGACCCUGAAGAACACAAGAGACAACUGUUGCAUGACCGACAGAAACGCAUUGAGGAGCAGAAGGAACAGCGUCGCCGACUUGAAGAGCAACAGAGAAAAGAGCGAGAGAUGGUGAGGCAGCAAGAAAAGGGUCCCCAUCGGAGACUCGACGAUAUGAGACGGGAGGAAGAUAGAAGGCUGGCUGAGAGGGAGCAGGAGUUUAUCAGACAUAAGUUAGAAGAAGAGCAGCGGCAGUUAGAAAUCCUUCAGCAGCAGUUGCUUCAGGAGCAAGCGCUACUUAUGGAGUAUAAGCGCAAGCAGCUGGAGGAACAGCGUCAGUCAGAGCGGCUGCAGAGGCAGCUGCAGCAGGAGCAUGCCUACCUGGUGUCUCUGCAGCAACAGCAGCAAGAAAAGAAGCCCCAGCUCUACCACUAUAACAAAAACUUGGAGCCUAACAACAAACCUACCUGGGCCCGUGAGGUGGAGGAGCGGAGUAAGCUCAACAGACAGGGCUCACCCAAGAUCUGCACCACUGUCUCUGACACUGCCAUCCAGUCACGCUCUGACUCAAUCAGCCAGUCAGGAGUGGUCCAGUCUGCUCAGACCCCACCAAUGCAGAGGCCUGUUGAACCCCAAGGGGGGCAAGGAAAGUUCCAGAUGGCUCACUUGGUUCCACUGAAGCCUUAUGCUGCCCCUGUCCCUCGCUCCCAGUCCCUCUGUGACCAGCCAACUAAGACCAUGUCCGCCUUCCCCACCCAGGAUCCCUCCCUUACCCCCACACCCCGCCCCAUCCACUCCAGAGAACUGGUGCGUCAAAACUCAGACCCCACUUCUGAAACCCCGGCACCACAGGUACACCAGAUCAGAGAGGAUCGCGGCCCUUGGAUCCGCCUGCCAGACGUGGAACUCCCACCCAAGAUUCCCCAGAGGACAGCGUCUAUUGCCACAGCUCUCAACACCAACCUGACCUCUGGCAUAAGGCAUCCAGUAAGAGCCAGCAAUCCAGAUCUCAGCCGAAAUGAUCGCUGGGAGAGAGGCGACAGUAUGAACAUCAUAUCCAAUCUGCCCCAGACUGGCUCUCUAGAGAGGCAUCGCAUCCUUAGUUCCUCCAAAAUGGAUUCACCCAUUCUCUCACACGAUAGUCGUCAUAAGCCAGGGGAGUCUCGCACCUCCUCCCGCCCUGGGCGUCCUGCUGACCAUGGCCUCUUUGCCAAGGAGCGUGCUGAGGAGCAGCCAAGGCCCCCAGUCAAGGCCAAUGAUUACUCCUCCUCUUCGGAGAGCAGCGAGAGUAGUGAGGAAAGCGAGAGUGGCGAGGGAGCUGAGGAGGAAGAAAGCCCCACAGACCGUCACAGGGAUGCAGACACCGAUUCUGUCAACACCAUGGUGGUUCAUGAAGACGAAGGCGAAGGGGGAGAGGGAGAGCAAGCUGGAGGCUAUGGGGAUCAGACCAUGCUGGUGCAGAGGACCCCAGAGAAGCGGAGCCAUAAUGGGUACACUAACUUGCCAGAUGUGGUGCAGCCCUCCCACUCCCCCACAGAUUCAGCCAGUCACUCUUCCCCUGGGAAGGACUCUGUUUAUGAUUAUCAGUCCAGAGGUUUGGUUAAAGCAUCUGGCAAGUCCUCCUUCACCACCUUUGUGGAUCUGGGCAUGUACCAGUCACCAGGAGGUACAGGGGAUAACAUGUCUAUCACUGGCUCCAGGUUUGAGCAGCUGAAGAUGGAGGUAAGGAAAGGAUCCAUGGUGAAUGUCAAUCCCACCAACACACGCCCCCCCAAUGAUACACCCGAGAUCCGCAAGUACAAGAAGAGGUUCAACUCUGAGAUCCUGUGUGCUGCGCUGUGGGGCGUGAACCUGUUGGUGGGCACAGAAAAUGGUUUGAAGCUGCUGGACCGUAGUGGUCAGGGCAAGGUUUACCCCCUCAUCAACUCCCGCAGGUUCCAACAGAUGGACGUCCUAGAGGGCCUCAACCUGCUCAUCACUAUAUCAGGCAAGAAAAACAAGGUGCGUGUCUACUAUCUGGCCUGGCUGAGGAACAAGAUCCUCCACAAUGAUCCUGAGGUGGAGAAAAAGCAAGGCUGGACUACUGUGGGGGAGAUGGAGGGCUGCGUGCACUAUAAAGUGGUGAAAUAUGAGAGGAUAAAGUUCCUGGUGAUUGCUUUGAAGAAUGCCGUGGAAGUGUAUGCUUGGGCGCCCAAACCUUAUCACAAAUUCAUGGCCUUCAAGUCUUUUGCAGACCUGCCACACAGGCCUGUCCUGGUUGACCUGACAGUGGAGGAGGGUCAAAGGUUGAAGGUCAUCUACGGCUCUUGUGCUGGCUUCCAUGCCAUCGACGUGGACUCCGGAAACAACUAUGACAUUUAUAUCCCCGUUCAUAUCCAGAGCCAUGUGACGCCGCACGCAAUUGUGUUCCUGCCCAGUUCAGACGGCAUGGAGAUGUUGCUGUGCUACGAGGAUGAGGGUGUCUACGUCAACACCUAUGGACGCAUCAUCAAGGACGUGGUCCUGCAGUGGGGCGAGAUGCCCACAUCUGUUGCUCAUAUCUGCUCAAAUCAGAUCAUGGGAUGGGGAGAAAAGGCCAUUGAGAUUCGCUCUGUGGAGACCGGCCACCUGGAUGGUGUCUUCAUGCACAAAAGAGCUCAGAGGCUGAAGUUCCUUUGUGAGAGAAAUGACAAGGUGUUCUUUGCAUCAGUGCGCUCUGGAGGUAGCAGCCAGGUGUACUUCAUGACCUUGAACAGAAACUGCAUCAUGAACUGGUGAAGGAACAGCUGCUCUGGUCAGUGUGUGGAACCCAGGCAGGGUUUGGAGAAGGAAGUGCAUCCGAAAUACUCACAAACGCAUGCACACAAAUGUGAACACCCAUCUAUCUUUCUCUCCAGCUCGCUUGCUCGCACUCACUCACGCACUCAUGCUCGAAAGACACAGCUCUCAACGACACACACAAACACAAACAAUCUCUAAACCCAUCCUAGCCUACACUUCUUAAGAUACAGUUUCUACCGAGGCCCCCUGAUCACAUGCUCCCUGGAAUCACUGAUAGAGCUUCAGAUGUUAAUACCAUCUAUUAAUUUGUACUGUAUAUAUUCUUGUGUUGAUUUUCUUUACUUGGUGGACAUGUGUUCAGUCGUGACAAUUUAGUUCUUAUUUGUGAAGUAUGUUAAAAACAUUCCUUGAUGGUUCUACAGUACAUUUCGAAGAAGGCAUUAUUUACCUAUACUAUAUGUUGAAAUGAAGCUGUAAAUAGGUAGCACCUUAUACUUAGAUCUGAAUCAUUCGCAGGCCUCUUAUAUAGCCUCCAUUCAGUGUGUUGCCACCGGACACAUGGACGUUGAAUAAUAAAAUGCUGGAACAUCCAUCUGCAGUGGCUUGUGGACCCCCAUUGUUUUGGGGGCUCCCAUAAAUUCAGGGAGGCUCAAAGGAAGGAUUCAAUACAAAAAAAUAUUUCAAAGGGACUUUAAAGUCAGAACAAAGUAGCUUGUUUUAAAUAUUUUUAGUUAUAUAUUGUAGACAGUAAUCUGCAGUCUUGCUUUCACAAUUUUAUUUUUUUCUGGCCUGUAUGGCAAAUGAUGUUGCAGCUCUUAAUCACGGAAAGUAAGCCUUGAAUGCUUCAAAAUCAAUUUCAGUUUAAAAAUGAAUAAAUAAUAAUAAACAAAAACAAUCAGAAAUUCCAUAAAUGUGCAGUACUCAGAAUCAGUACUGUGAAAUUUCCUGCUUUGCCUUUCUAUGGCUUAGGUGAAACCAUCAGGCUUGUAUCUAAACAUUUUGUUUUCAUAGAUUUACAAAAUACAAACAUUUGUUAUUUAUAUGUAGUGAUUCUGUAUUGGUAUUAGCCUACUGGUAUCCUUAAUUUUACUGUAAUUAUAUUGCUAUUAUAUUGCAAUAUAUGCUAUUCUUGUGGAGUCUUUGUUUGAAGAGGGGAGUUCAUGUAUUUAGCUGGUAGUGUUAGGCAGUAGGAUGACAAAGUUGGAGAAACGUGGAAGGAGGGUUUCACUGAGAUUAACGUGAUUAAGGGAGAUCGGUUUUGGGGUCCUUUCACCCUCCUACCACAGUGAUCUACUCUGCUGUAUUAUAUUUCAGUUCUUAGACUAUUUCGCUAGUGUGGAUCUUUUUGUGAGAAGUGUUUGUCCAGGGGAUUGCAGUAGAACAGCUCUUGGUACAGUUUAUAUUUGUCUUAGGCCAGGGGGAAGAUUUAAUAUAGAGUGACUCUGCAAUAACACAGAGGACUUCAUCUCAUCAGGCACUGUGGUGAACACAGCUGGAGCACAUGAGACUUAAUAUAUUUUAUAUCUACACAUUCUGCCAAAGUUCACAGCAUAUUCUGCAACUGCGUGGGUCACUACCCAAUGUUCCUUUCAGUAUAUAUAUAUCCAAAAACUACUUACUAAUAUUAGGGCUUCACGAUUUAUUAGCUGCUUUUUUAGGGGAAUAACUGUCUGCUUUGUUUUGUCAGCUGCAUAAGGGAGAGACUGUGCUCUCAUACUGUAGGCAGUAUGGUACAGUAUGAAGCAGCGUUAUCAGGAAGUAGCCUGGUGAUUUUCUGUCAGAGAGGGUAUGUCAACACAUGAGUCAAGCUUUUUGUUUCAGUGAUUCACUUAGUUACGACACUGUGCUGCCACAGCACUUUGGUAUUAACAGGUGGACAUUUUUAAAAUCACGAUGUUUUUUUUCUGCACUCCUGUCAUACACCUUAUCAGCAUGGAGUUGUUGGGAAAACAACAUUUUUAACAAGUCUGUUCAUCUUAUAAUUAGUUGCUGACAUGUUAAUGUUAAGAGAAUGAGACUGUAAAUUUGUGUGUGAAAAGCUUUUGGAUAUUAUGAAAGGAAUCUUGGCCAGUGAUGAACGGGAUAGUCAUGCUUUUAAGCUAAGGAGAUAUAUUUUAUAUGAUCAAAAAGAAAGCUAUUAAAAAUGCAGUAUAUAGUCAGGGCCCAGAGGGUUAAGAUUAUAUAAAUAUGUGGUUCAUUUUAUGGUGAGAAACAAACUGUAAAUGGGCAUGGAAAGCACUUACACUUCAGUAAACAUUUACAGAUAUACUGUAUCUCGAGCAGAUACUUCGGUGUGCAUGUAAGCCAUUGAAAUAGAUUAUAUAGUACUGUAUCAAAGUUGUUUUCCCCUUUUAGCGAAUGUGUUUUUACUCUUAAAUAUCUGUUAUGUGCCAUGACCUACAUUUCAGAUGUUACAAUUACAAUCCACUAGGAGCUCUGGCGCUCAUGCUUUUUAUGGUCAAAUCAUAAUUUUUUAUCAAUCUGCCAUGUUUACAGUCUAAGCAGUGCCUUGGAAUUGGGAAGGCGAGAGGUUUGAGGAUGGAUUAUGAGACGCCCCCCAGGCACAACUACAUUUGCUCCCUCGUUAUGAUUUAUGUCGGGUGCCAGUUAAGUGCACUUAAGUCAAAUCCAGAAUAUCCUGUAGAUGGACUUGAAAUGCUUUUUUGGCACCACAUAUGUAACCUAAAAUGAUCAACAGACGAUAAUGCAUUCAGAAAGUUGCAAUAACAAAAAAGUUAAUGUGUCCAGUGAAUCCAAUGUAGUAUCGAAAGGAUCUACUCACAGUGGGAGCCAGCAUAGAGAAAAGCCAUACGUAUGAAACGUGUUUGUAGAGAAAACUUAGUUCUUGUGCACAGACCAGAUUUAACUCUGUGUGUGAUGUCUGCUCAGAAAUUGUAGGUUGCCGCAGCAAAGAUGAGGUAAGCGCUUGUUCUUUAAUGGUGUUGACUAUGUUAUCUUAGUAGUGGGGAUAUUAGCUUGAUAUAUUCUGAGAAGCCUAUUUUAUAAAAUAUGUAAAUUAGUCUAUAUUGAGAAAUAAAAGUACAUCUAUAAGACAGAUUUGUAUUUAUAUAAAAAUGUGUCCUGCUCUAUUAAUCAAAGCACAAUGUAUUUAAGGCAGAGAUCAAAACUAUAAUCGAGCGUAACAGAGAGAUGGAGUUCUUUUUCCUCAUUCACUCAGCAGUUGUCAAACUCGUCAGUAUGUAAUCAGUCAAAGUUGUUGGUGGUAGUAUAUCAAGUAGUCUGCUGAGACAGCUGUGUGUCAAUAACCGCAACAUUUCUGUUGUGCUAUCUUGACAGAAAAAUAAUGUCUGUCUUCUUGUUACCAGAAAGGUCAACUGUGGCUGUGAUUCAGACACUUGUGAUGACUCGCAGAUUGGUGUUUGAUUUGGCCUCUGGUGUAAAUUGUCUACGUGGGGGUGGACAGGCUGUUAAUACGCUCAGGUGAUGACCGGAAUCGCCACACAGGUGGUGAUGUGAAGGGCGUAAUGGCCCUUGAGUAUUACUGGCUCUUGGCUUUGAGAUUGUGGCACAAACAGGCAGCAUUUAGCGACAUUUACAGAAUACAGGCAAAGACGACUGGCCAAGUGUUUUUGUCACCAAGUAUGAAAGUCUUUAAAGGGGAACUCCGCUGAAUCAGCAAUGCACUUCUGUAACAGUCAGAAACACAAUGGACUCUUUAUAAAACGGAUAUAUCAAAAUGUAUCGUCUUUUUUAUUCCAUGCUUAUUUCUUGUGAAAAGAACCCAACUAAGCCAAAUCCCUGACAGUUCAGGCAGGGAUUUGGCUUAGUUGCUGAUGUAACUUGGAGAUGCGUGCCUGAAGCAGAGAUGUGGAGCAGCAGGUUACCGAGGUCUGGUAAGAUCACCUUAUAGUGAUAGUAUUCUUCAGCCCCAACAGAUGAUGACUUAUGUGACAUCACAUGAGGCAAUUUACCAGACCCAACCACUGAUUGUAUGAAGAUGUACAGAUGACAGCUCCCCAAAAGUGAAGCCAAAACAUCUCUAUCGCCCCCUGGCGGCCAAAUUAAAAGGUCAAAUAAAUUGUUCCCAAAGAUGGUUUCUGUCAGUUCUAAUCACACUGAUUUAUGUGAAAGUGUGUGAUAAGUUUGGUUUCAGUAAGUCAUGUGAUGUUAUAAAAAGGGGUUUUGUGGCAUAAUUUACAGCUGAGCCAUGCUCGCUCAAUAUAGUCGGCGGGUGUAUGGGUGGGACCUAAAUACAGUGGCUCCAACUCCGAUCCCAACUGCGCAGACUCUGGCUCUAAGUGACGUCACCAGUGCAAGAUGGUAGCGCGCGUAUCCGGGAUAUUUUGGUUUCAUUUUUGUACAGUGAGGGGAAGUGGAGAGGCGGCGUUCAUCUUUAUAUGCAGUCUGUGGACCCAACAACACCUGUAAACAGACUUUGAUGUGUAAAAUUGGUGGGGUUCCCCUUUAACACACAUACUUAUGUUGCAUUAACAAAUUAAAAUUAACUAUAUUAACUAAAGUACACAGAAGGCAAAAUACCGUAGCGUCAGACUUGUUUAAAAACGCCAGGUAUUGCCUGAUGUGUGUUGACAGGUGUUUUUCUGGUUAGCAUUUCACUUAAACGAUUUGACUUAGUAUUUCAAGAAGACCCUUAUUUUACCAAUAAAAAAAGACUGAAAAUGAGCUCCACAUGACAACUAAUGCUCGUGAUAAAUAUCUACUUCUGGUUAUUGGGUGAGGUAAUACAAUAUAUCAUCAACUUGAUUGAGGCAGUCACUUCCAAAGCUUGUUGUCUAAUUUUAUGCAGCAGAAAUUUGUUUAAUGGGUUGCGGUUUGUAACACAGAAGAGUAGUUCUGGUUGUUUAUUUCCCUAAAAGCACCUUAAGGUGUGAAAGUGCUAUUUCAUUUUGUGCCAAGAGCCAUUAAAAGACCAGAACCUUGCAACUCAUUAGUUUUAGGGAAACCAUCUGAUCACAAGCAUGAACCGAUAUGAUUGCUGAAUUCAUGUAACUCUGCUCUGAAGAUGCACACAAUUAUCAGAAAGAAAGAGGCACCACUGAGAUGUUGGUGGAGCGCUGAAGGUGAAGAAAACCAUCCUGAGAGACGGUUGUCCUUUCGGGACAUUUCUUUUUAAUAAGCAAUACAAGCAUUUGAAAUAGUCGAAACCGUGGCUGUCCAUCUUAGUGUGACUUGCAGGAAGUGAUUCUUCAGUGGCCUUUGGCAGACUGAAUGUAGGCUGGUUUGUGUGUCGCUUGUUACAGAAAUAAUUCUGUACUUAACUUUUGUUUUGUAAUCACAAGAAAUAACUGCUUCUCUCUGUCAGUUUAACGCAAUCACCUUUUGGGAUGCUUGUUCCCGUUUUGCUAUUAUGAAAUCCCAGAAACUGCCUUUAUGAACACUAAGUAUCGAUAAAUGGAUGAUAAAUAAUACUCUGAUGGGGCACUCCUCUCUCAUAGCUUGUAUUUCUAAUUAAUAACGUAUGAAUGGAUUAGCAGCUGUAUCUGGGAGGGAGGCAGAUCAAACCUGGGGAGCUUAAAAACGACAUGGAUCUUUGGACAGAACUACAAAUAUCUAUUAUUCUUUUUCAAUAACUUUUUUUUAAAGACGGUGAACAUCUUUGCAAUGUUUUAGUGUGCGUGCGCGUGUCUGUGUUACUUGUGAGAGGUUAACUCCAGAUUGUAUUUCAUAGACUGAUAAACUUUAAAAAAUUUCAAAAGAUUGUGUUGAAUGAAUUCAUGUCUUAAUACAGAAUUGUUUGAAAAAUAAAAUGUUGAUCUCA